CCUGAGUCCGCGGUCUCUUGAGGGCAGGGUGGUGAUGAUGCGUCUGUUCACCACAGACCAUCUCUAUGUGUAUGUGUGUAGUAAUCAGGCAGAAGGAAAAGCUGUUCCCCCCACAGGCUGCUAUGACCUAAAGCAGCCACCGGCCGAUUCUCCUCUGCUUCCUCCGAGGACCUGUACGUCUCAGUUGUCAGUCGUGUUCAGGAUUUAAUCUCACCGUGAACCUAAAGUGUGCUUUUGGUGGGUCUUUGCUGCUGCAGCCUGUGAGUCCGUGUGUCUCACAAGAGCAGUGACAGAGUGAAACCAGCAGCUGCGGCGCUUACCGAGGCGGAGGGACGUUAGCACACAGGCUAAUUAGCCGCGAAGACUCCAAAGGCUGGAUUAUUGUCUUUAUUCAAAGAUGUCCAGGCAGAGACACAGACACAGACACAGACGGGGACACGGGGAGACAGUGACCGCAGUCACUCACCGCGGCCGAAAAAAUGAAGAUAACUGUGGAAUUCGAGGAGUGUUUGAAAGACUCCCCUCGGUUCAGAGCCACCAUAGAGGAAGUAGAGGGGGAUGUGUGCGAGUUGGAAUCAAAGCUGGACAAAUUGGUGAAGUUGUGUAUUGGAAUGAUUGAUGCUGGAAAAGCCUACAAUGCAGCCAACAAGCAGUUUGUAAGUGGGAUCCGGGAGUUGGCCCAGCAGUCCACCAAAGAUGAGGUCAUCGAGUCCAGUCUCACAAAGUUUGCAGAGAGUCUGCAAGAAAUGAUCAACUAUCACACGAUAUUAUUUGACCAGGCCCAGAGAUCGAUCAAGACCCAGCUCCAAACCUUUGUCAAAGAUGACCUGAGAAAGUUCAAAGAAGCCAAGAAGCAGUUUGAUAAAGUCAGUGAGGAGAAGGAGGGCGCGCUGAUUAAAAAUGCCCAAGCGCCACGCAACAAGCAGCACGAGGUGGAGGAGGCCACCAACAUCCUCACCGCCACGCGCAAGUGCUUCCGACACAUCGUCCUCGACUACGUCUUACAGAUUAAUGUGCUACAAUCCAAAAGAAGAUCGGAAAUCUUGAAAUCCAUGCUGUCCUUCAUGUACGCCCACUUGACGUUCUUCCAUCAGGGAUAUGACCUCUUCAGUGAACUACAGCCGCUCAUGAAACAGCUCGGAGGACAGUUGGACCAGCUGGUGGUGGAUGGUGCCAAAGAAAAGAGAGACAUGGAGCAGAAACACUCCACCAUCCAGCAAAAAGAUUUUUCAAAUGACGACGCAAAGCUGGAGUACAAUGUGGACGCAGACAACGGCAUCGCCAUGGAGGGAUAUCUGUUCAAGAGGGCCAGCAACGCCUUCAAGACCUGGAACAGGCGUUGGUUUUCCAUCCAGAACAAUCAGCUUGUGUACCAGAAGAAAUUUAAGGACAACCCCACAGUGGUGGUGGAGGACCUGAGGCUCUGUACAGUCAAACACUGUGAGGACAUAGAGCGGCGCUUCUGUUUCGAGGUGGUGUCACCCACCAAGAGUUGUAUGAUGCAGGCAGACUCGGAGAAGCUGCGUCAGGCCUGGAUCAAAGCCGUCCAGAACAGCAUCGCCUCCGCCUUCCGCGACAAGGGAGACGAUGGCGAGAAGCUGGACAGGAAAUCUUCCACAUCCACGGGGAGUUUGGACUCUGGUGGGGAGCAGAAGGAGAGGUUGCUGAAGGGAGAGAGUGCCCUGCAGAAGGUUCUGGUCAUCCCAGGCAACUCCUGCUGCUGUGACUGUGGUCAGCCAGACCCUCGCUGGGCCAGCAUCAAUCUGGGCAUCACUCUGUGUAUACAGUGCUCCGGCAUUCACAGGAGCCUGGGUGUGCAUUUUUCUAAAGUUCGGUCUCUGACUUUGGACACAUGGGAACCAGAACUACUGAAGUUAAUGUGUGAAUUAGGAAAUGGAGCGAUCAACCAAAUCUACGAGGCUCGAAGAGAAGAACUGGGAGCCAGAAAACCACAGCCCGGAGAUCCAAGACAUGAGGUUGAAGCCUACAUCAAGGCCAAGUACGUGGAUCGUAGGUUCGUACGUCGACCUUCUGACGAGGAGCUUCGCACCAAAGUGGUCUCUCUCAGCAAACAGGAGAAGAGGCUGAGCAGCAGCUCCGAUCACAUGCCUCCCAGACCGCCACCACCUACGCCCAAACUCCGACCUGGUUCAAACACCUCCGGACAGACAGCUGUUGCCAGUGGCUCGGAGGCUCGCCGUGACUCUCUCUUCUGUGCUGACGAGCUUGAUUCACUCUUCUCCUACUUUGACAACUCCUCCAAGCUCAGGAGCAUAAAAAGUGCAGACAGUGGAAUCCAAAACAGUGCUGAUGGAAGCAGGGAAAUGUUGGCCAACACCCCGUCCAAUGACAGUUUGGUAGAAGCAGAUGCAGCCGAGUCUCCACCCAUGGCUAUGCCUGCCACGCUGCCUCCUCCCUCUCCCUGUAAGGAGGUGGUUUUCUACGAGCCUAAGGAAUACAGUCCAGGUCUACAGCUGUACUGGGCCUCCUGUUCCCGCAGUCUGCCCGACAUGGCAGAGGCACUGGCCCAUGGUGCAGAGGUCAACUGGGUCAAUACUGAGGAUGAUAAGAGGACGCCGCUGAUCAUGGCCGUGCAGGGAGGCUCACUGGUCACCUGUGAGUUUUUGCUUCAGAAUGCAGCUAAUGUGAACCAACAGGACGCUCAGGGUCGAGGACCUCUGCACCACGCCACCAUGCUGGGACACACUGGGCAAGUGUGUUUGUUCCUAAAAAGAGGAGCGAAUCAAAAUGCCACAGACAUUGAUGAGAAAACACCACUAACUAUAGCAGUGGAGGCGGCCAAUGCAGACAUCGUCACAUUGUUACGACUUGCGAAGAUGAACGAAGAGAUGCGGGAGGCGGAGGGUCCCUACAGCCAGUCAGGGGAUGAAACCUACCAGGACAUUUUCCAGGACUUCACCCACAUGGCCUCCAAUGACCCGGACAAGCUGAACCGGUACCAGCAGUACGACACGCAGCGACCUUGACAGCACACACACACACACACACAUGCACAUACAGACUGACGUCUACUAGCACUUAGACAGACACUGAGAAGGUCUCCUGGACAUUUCAGCUCCAAAACAUCUGCCUCCAUCAACAGUCAGUGCCUCCACCUCCGGACAGCUUUUUUUUUAUUUUUUGUUAUGGCUGACAAGUUUAGGAACUGGACUGAAGUUUUUUUGAAAAAAAAAAAAAAAAGCAAAGUCCAUAUGUUUUUAUUUUUAUUUUUAACUUUUAUUCCUCAGUGCAAAUGAGUCCAGGCAGUGAAUGGUACAUUUUUGUAGAGGAAUUUUCAACCACAUGGAUUUUAAUUGAACUGUGUCUGAAUGUGUGUUUUUUUGUUUGUUUUUUUUUAAAGAUUUUUGUCCGUCACACUUCGACUUUGAUCUUAAAAAACUCAAGUGUGUCAGAUUGGGUAAGUACAUGGUUCAAGGACCUAGAGAGCUUCCUCAUUUGGUCUUUUUACUUUUCUUUUUGUUUCUAUUUUUAUUUUAUUUUUUUAAUUCCAGUAUCUGUUCUGAGCUGUGCACACGUGUCCAUGUGAAUUUUACUUUGUUACUUGCACAAAUCUCUUCGUCUUAUAUGUCCAUUGAUGUUUACCAGACUGACAUGUGACAAUGAUAAUGUUUUUCUUCUUCUUUCCAUGUUAAACAUUUCCGUCCUGAUGAUUUUUACCUUCUUAGCUUCUUAGCCUCCAUUAGCUUCAUCAUAAAGUGGAAUUAAAAUAAGCCUUAGUCAUCACAGGUUGGAAACCUGACCUAUAAAUUAUAUAUGGGUAAAUUAUAACCCUAUACUGUAUUUUUUUUGCUUAAUGUAAUUUAUUUGUACUGUAUCAUUCAUUUUAACAGUGUAUUUUAAUCUGUUUUUAUGGGGAACUGAUCUGAUUUAGGGAAUAUAUACAAACAGCGUCAUCCAUCCAUCUCAGUGAUUUAUUUUAGUGACAAUUGAGUACAGUCAAAUAUUUGCAUAUAGUCUCACUGUGAGAUUUAAUGAGAAAUCCUUGUUUGGUGGAUUCAUUUGUUGCACUGUUUUUUUUUCUUUAGUUUUUUAGUUUUUCUCUGAUCAAUGUCAAAUGUUUUUUUUUGUUUUUGUUUCUUAGUCCAGGUGAUAUCUGAGCAAAUCUUUGGAUAACAUGGGAUACAAUUCUUGUACAUUUUGUACAGAAGCUUUUGAACUGAAGUAUAAAGUUAGAGGUACUUGAAUGAUUAAAUAAGCUUUUGUAUAUGCUGUUCUCUGUACGCUUUAGUCAUUUUAGCUCAUUUUAUAUCACUUGUCAGUAAUGCAUUAUACGUACGUGUACCUGUAACGUGUAAGAACUACAAUACAUAUGGACUGAGGGUUCAGCACUUG